UGCUGCAUUUUGUCAAUUCAUUCACCAUUCACAAUGCUGUCUCGUCUGUCGCUCUCUGUCGCUCGCCAGGCCCCCGCUCUGGCCCGCGCUUACUCGGCCAAGCCUGCCACGUCCGGCCUCAAGGAACGCCUCCGUGAGAUCAUCCCCAAGAAGCAGGAGGAGGUCAAGACCUUCCGCAAGGAGUACGGCCACGUCAAGAUUGGCGAGGUCACCAUCGACCAGGCGUACGGCGGCAUGCGCGGCAUCAAGGGUCUUGUCUACGAGACUUCCCUGCUCGACGCCGACGAAGGCAUCCGCUUCCGCGGCCUCUCCAUCCCGGAGGCCCAGAAGGUCCUCCCCAAGGCCCCCGGCGGUGCCGAGCCCUUGCCCGAGGGUCUCUUCUGGCUCCUUGCCACCGGCGAGGUCCCCACUGCCGAGCAGACCAAGGCACUCUCCGCCGAGCUCGCCUCGCGCGCCUCCCUCCCCGCCCACGUCGUCAACCUGAUCAACAAGUUCCCGGCCACCCUCCACCCCAUGUCGCAGCUCGCUGCCGCCGUCGCCGCCCUCCAGAGCGAGUCCAAGUUCGCCAAGGCGUACGCCGCCGGUGUCAACAAGGCCGAGUACUGGGACACCACCUACGAGGAUUCGCUUGACCUGAUUGCCAAGCUCCCCAUCGUCGCCGCCAUGAUCUACCGCAACCUCUACCGCGACGGCAGCAUUGGCGCCAUCGACCCCAACAAGGAUUGGUCUGCCAACUUUGUCCAGCUCCUCGGCUACGACAACCCCCAGUUCACCGAGCUCAUGCGUCUCUACCUCACCAUCCACACCGACCACGAGGGUGGCAACGUGAGCGCCCACACCGUCCGCCUCGUCGGCUCGGCCCUCUCCGACCCGUACCUUUCCUUCGCCGCCGGCAUGUGCGGUCUGGCUGGCCCGCUCCACGGCCUCGCCAACCAGGAGGUCCUCGUCUGGCUCACCAAGUUCCAAAAGUCGCUCGGCGGCAAGGAGGUCUCGGAUGAGCGCCUCUCUGAGGAGAUCUGGAAGACGCUCAAGUCUGGCCAGGUCGUCCCCGGCUACGGCCACGCCGUCCUCCGCAAGACCGACCCCCGCUACACUUGCCAGCGCGAGUUUGCCCUCAAGCACCUCCCCAACGACCCUCUGUUCAAGCUCGUCGGCCAGCUCUACAAGCUCGUCCCCGACAUCCUGCUCAAGCAGGGCAAGGCCAAGAACCCCUGGCCCAACGUGGAUGCCCACUCUGGCGUUCUCCUGACCCACUACGGCAUGACCGAAAUGAACUACUACACUGUUCUUUUCGGCGUCUCCCGCGCACUCGGUGUCCUCGCCUCCCUCAUCUGGGAUCGCGCUCUCGGCUUCCCGCUUGAGCGACCGAAAUCCCACACCACCGAGGAUCUCAAGAAGAUUGUCAAGAAGAUGGGUGUUGAGCCUGCCAAGGGUGACAAGCCCGUCGCUGCCGACGAUUAAAAAGAGCAAAAGUUGAACCUUCGACCUCGGUUUUUUUUUUUUCUUGUUUGUGAAACGGUCUCCCUCUUUUUGACUCUGCCAUGGGUUUUUUGCGUGUGUGUUUCAAGUUAGCCUCUCUUGCUUUGCUUUUUGCUCUCGAGUUGGUUUUGAACGAUGUGGCUUGUGAAAAAUUGGGCAUCGCGAUGAACAAGAAAAACAAAACAAAAAAAAAGUUCCAUUCAUUCAUUCAUUUCUGUUGUACAAGGUUUGACUGGCUCCUCUUCGAUACACAUCGACACGACCAUCUAGCUGGUUGACUCUGCUGCUUGUUUCAACGCG